CUUUCCCUCCACGUCUGCUCACGAAAAUCUUUGUGGGUCCCGCUCUCGUACGCACCAAUAACCGCCUCUCCCCGUCAGAAAAGUUCUGCAACAUUCUUUUCUUCUACAACCAAAAUCGUGCUGAGAAAGAAAUCCCAAAGGAAAAGGACAGAGCAGAUUUCCUCGACCCAAGCUCUUCGUUUCUUCGAGUUCUUUCUUCCAAUGGCGUCGCUGCUUAGCUUCCCAACAAGUUUCCUCUCCCCCCGGAUGAAUGAAGAACGGAGAAGUACUCGGUUGAUACUUCCCAACAACCGAAAGAAGAAGACCAGCGCUCUGCCUGGGCAGGAGAACGGAGUGCAGAAGGGGCUCGACGGAAGAAGAACUUGGGCAUUCUCCAUGUCCAAAGCUUCAGCGGGUGCAUAUUUCUACGAGGCUGACGUUGAAGGUGAUCCAAACGUGGAAGAUUCAGAGCCUCCUGAUCCUUUGGCUGGAGAGAAUGCCAUGAACGUCGUUUUGGUUUCUGCAGAAUGUGCUCCAUGGUCCAACACAGGCGAGCUUGGGGAUUUUGCUGCUUCAUUGCCAAAGGCUUUGGCUGGACGUGGACACAGGGUUAUGGUUGUUUCACCUCAAUAUGGUGAUUAUGCUGGGCUUGAGCACUCUGCAGUAAGAAAUAUGCUUAAGGUGGAUGGUGAGGACAUAGCGGUCACUUACUUCCAAGCCUACAUCGAUGGCGUUUGCUUUGUCUUGGUAGACUGCCCUUUGUUCCGUCACAUAGAGAGCAAUAUAUAUGGAGGACAGCGAAGGCAUCUUCUGAAGCGCAUGGUGUUAUUUUGCAAAGCAGCUGUCCAGGUUACUGGGCUUUUCCCCUUUGCUGGUUUUUUCUAUGGAGAUGCAAACUUGGUGUACAUUGCAAACGAUUGGCACACAGCUCUGCUUCCAGUUUAUCUGAAAUACUACCGCGACAAGGGGAUCAUGCGCUCAAAAUCCGUUCUCGUGAUUCACAACAUAGCUAAGCAGGGUCGGGGCCAGAUGGAGGAUUUCCGGUACGUGGACCUGCCGGCAGAGUACUCGAACCUCUUUACAUUCGACGACCCAACCGACGGCGGAGAGCACUUCAACAUCUUCGCCGCUGGUCUGAAGACGGCAGAACAAGUGGUAACAGGCAGGCACGGAGAGUCCUGGGAGCUGCAAACACCGGACGGCGGGCAGGGCCUUGACACCAUGAUAAAAGAGGUCGAGUGGAAGCUGAGUGGGAUAGCAAACGGCAUUGACAUCCAAGAGUGGGAUCCACGUCGCGAUCAUCACCUGAAUUCCCACGGCUACAGCAACUACUCACGGGAAACAUUUCGAAUUGGAAAACCAAAAUGCAAAGCGGCGCUUCAGAGAGAGCUUGGUUUGCCCGAGAGGCCGGGAGUUCCUUUGAUUGGCUUCGUUGGGAAGCUGGAUUGCAAGAAGGGCGUCGAUCUUAUAGCCGAGGCUCUUCCGUGGAUGGCAGAGCAAGAUGUGCAGGUUGUGUUGCUUGGCACAGGGAGGCAAGACUUGGAGCAACUGUUUCGAGAGUUGGAGCGCGAAUACGGGGACAAAGUCAGAGGGAUGGUCGGGUACUUCAGUGUGGAGACGGCGCAUCGAGUCACCGCCGGCGCGGAUAUCUUGCUGUUUCCGUCCAGGUUUGACCCGAGUGGGUUGAACCAGCUGUGUGCGAUGAUGUACGGGACGAUCCCUGUGGUUCAUGCCGGUGACGAUGGGUCGAGAGACACGGUUCGGACGUUCUUCCCGUUUAACGAUUCCGGGUUGGGGUGGAUGUUUGAUUCCGCUGAAUCGAGUAAGCUGGAACGUGCGCUGGGGAAUUGCUUGUGGGCGUAUAGAAUGUUCAAGGAGAGUUGGGAAGGGUUUCAGAUGCGCGGGAUGAGCCAGGAUCCGAGCUGGGAUCACGCGGCGGAGUUGUACGAGGAGGUUCUUGUAGCCGCUUGCGGCCGUCAGGCGUCGUCGUCAAUCGAGUAUGGUGAUUGGUGA